UGGCCAGGUUGUGUUCGUGAAGCAUGGGUGCUCCUGAAAUCGAAAGCUGGAUUGCAUCCUCUACAACGAGUCGACUCGAUGAGGACGAUGAGGAUGGUGGCACAGAGGGAGCUGUCUUCAGUUUGGAUCGUGCCCGGGACGAUUGGUCAGGGUUCCUGCAACACGCACAAAGGCGGAUCCUAAGUAGCAAGACGACUGAACGAACUACAUUUCUCAAAGACCAGGUACUGCCGUUAACGAAGAGUUCCGAGAUAUCGAAGGGUGAAGCAUUAGCCAUCUUCCGGUUGCUUAUAUUGACGUAUCCGCGAUACAUUGACCAACCAUCGCGAGACUCCGUUGAACAAGUAAUUAAAGAGCUCGUUAAGCCAGAGUGUGGAAUUUUGGACCAGGUUGUCGAAUGGGUUCGAUCAGAGGCGGGAGGGAUAUCUGAGAAAGGAGCCUCACGGCGAGUGAUAUGCGUGUCGGCUGCUGCGGGAAACUGCUUUGUUCUCAUAAAAUGGUGCUGUUGUAUUUAUACAGUAACAGCAAAAUCAAGCUCCAGAACGACAGACUCGAAAGAGCAGAAGUCACUUAUAGAAGCUAUAGCCUUGCUCUUGAACUCUUUGCUGGAUGAAAGCUCGCCAGCCAAACCGACGCUUCGCAAAAACGCUGUUGUCUGCACACGCCGUGCAUUCCGAUCCUCACCUGAGAAAGUUUCUGCAGUUAUCUCAACCGCCCUUGCACUUCUCAAAGAGAGUCCGACGAAUAUCUACCUGGUAUCGCUAAUUGGCCUCGCAUGUGAUGUGAAAUACCAUUUAAAACGCGUACCGGAUGAGCUCAAAAAAUUGGCUCCUGAGACACAAAAACAGAUUAUUCAGAUCUAUACGUCGUCCGUAUUGAUGUCAAAAGUGCCCGUCGCAAAGCACGUUUCCUCAGCAUUAGACGGCUUCAUACAAGCUUCUGUUUCUGAAGAAGAUUUCAAGACCACAAUACUUCCAGUGAUGGAAAAAUCUUCGCUACGCUCACCGGAAGUUGCAUUACCGGUUAUGGUCGAGUUUUUCCGAGUCUAUCCGCACAGGUUAGAAAGUGACCUCUUCGGACGAAUAACGACGAUUAUCAUGAACUCUGUCAAAUCGAGCAACCCUUCGACGCGCGUGAAUGCAGUCUUACUCUUCCAAGUCCUUCUUGAACGCAACAGGGAUGUUAAUAACGAGGAACAUGCUAUCAACGAGAUUAUGAACCCGGUCAAGAGCGGGAAAUCCACAGGGCCAGAUCAUCGCAUCGCACUUUACUCAAUGCUUCCCUCGAUAAACCCAUCAACUAUCAUUUCCGGAUCGAUUGCGGAGAAUGUGCCCCCGCUCUUGGUGAAAGAGACUAGCGAGGUUGCGACCUCGGCGCUUGCGAAAGCGAGUGUUUCGCACCUCGUAUUUAUUUUGCAGCAAGAGAUGACCUUGCCUCCGUCCUUUAUGGCGACUAUCGUGAAGGAAAUGCAAGGUGCUAAGCCAGCACUACGUCGUUCUGUUUGUUCCCUUGUGGGUGAAACUCUCAGGGCAUGCGAUGAGGCGAGCGUUCAGACAGACGCUCUGAGACGAUUCGUACAAGCAGUACUACCUGCAUUUGAAGGAAAUCUCAAAGCUGUCACAGCGAAUCCGCUUUCACCACCUGCUGGACCGUUGGAUGGAUACGUCGCAAUUGCAAGUUUGUUGGGUCCCGUCGCAAAAUAUGCUGAAUUUGGGCCUAUGGUGGCACGUACCAUGACGGCUCAAACGGUAACGGGAACUAGUACGAAACCGUCGUUCUUAUUAUGGGACAAGGUCUACCAAAAGCUAACUUCAGCGGAGGACGAAGUUUGGCUACUUCGUGCUCUGAAUGCAGCUCUCAGCGCUCUUAAGGCUGAAUUGAAGAAGAAUGAAAGUCUUCGUCGGCAAUUUGGUCAAGCUUUCCUUCAUGUAGCAGCAGAGAGCGAACAUCUUGAAGUCCGCAGAGCGUCGGUUUCGACUCUAGAAGCAGAUAAUGCUCAAAUGCCUCAACUUGUCAAUGAAAUGCUCCGCGUAGCAAUUUACGACCGUCUUGACCACGUACCAGAGAAGGGCAAAACUAAGAUAUCGGUAUCAGAUGACGAAGUGACACAAAUGUAUCAUACCGUACCACACCAGAAGGAUAGUCUGGUCAGAAAGCUCGUCCCAGUACUGACAGCAUGUGCUGCCUUCUCUGAUGAGAUAGAGGUUUCAGAGAAAGGGCGUCUUCUUGCGGAUCUAUUACCAGUUGCUCAUCGACUUGAAAUUUCUAGCUCAUCUGGACAGUUGUGGAUUGGGCUAUGUCAGAAAGACAAGAUCGAUCCUCAUCAACUAAUCGAGAAUGAGAAGGAUCAUCUCGUGUCGCUCGUCGUCGGUCAAGAGCCUAGUAAGGCGGUGCGAAAUGCAGUAACGACUAUUGCAUUUGUCGCGCCCGAAGUGGUCGUUCCGACACUCGUCGCCCAGAUAAAGGAAGAUCUGAAUCCCGCCAACUUCUCAACUGUGUCAGACGAAGAUGUAGAAGUGUGGAGAACGCCGGAAGGCACACUGUAUGUCGACGUCCUCGCUUCGAAGGGAAAUGAUGCUGCCAGCAGGAAGGGCAAGAAUGCUGACAUUGAGAAAUGGGAAGCGGAGCUGCGGGCUUCUCUUGCCUCGAAGAAAGCUGCGAAGCCAGCAGCUGGCUCGAAGGCUUUAUCGAAACAAGACCAGGAGCUGGUCGCUGCGCAGCUACGCCUUGAGUCCGAGACAAGAAAACGCGUUGACGGAGUGUUCAAGAAAGCAGAGCGAGGGCUUGCACUUUUGCACAGCACCAUCAAAGCGAGUAUCGAGGAGUUGGGAAAUUACUUCGCGGAGCUUGUUGAUCUUUUCCUUUCCGGUGUUGUGAAGCGAGGUGCAUUACUUCUCGGAUCGCAAGUCCUGGAUGGAUAUCUAGGCCUCGGUCAGUACUGUGCUGCUAGAUUAGACUCGCUUAGUGAUUGGAUUUGCAUUGCUACUUUGCGAUGUCUUAACGCUAUGGUAGUGUCUGAGGAAGUUCGGGCAGAACCAUUGAAUGCAUUGGUAUUGCGAGUCCUUUACAGGCUACGUACGUUAUCUGAGCAGAGCGCUUUCGACGGUCCAACUUUCUCCUACGUUUCGCCAUUACUAUCAUGUGUCGUUGAGAAUGGUGAUGUCAUUGGAAGCACUGAGGAAGACGAGCCCCUCGAGCGUGUCGCGCUUGUUAUAAACAUCAUGAGCUUCCACACGACAGCGUUUUCUGAUCAAAAAUUCCCGAGAUCCCAGUCACUGACGAAUUUACUGCGCAUCAUCAAGAGACACCCUUCUCUUGGAAAGGACGCGUCCUCGGUCUUAAUUGGUAUUGGGGAAGCCAUUCGCAUCAACUCGACACCGGAAGAAAACAAUAUCUUAAUUAGCAGUACCCUGGCAGAAGAGGUUUAUGUCAGGAACUCAGCUCUUCAAUGCCUACAGGUUUUGGAUUUGACUGAACUUGAUUGGAGCCCGGAGCUAUGGAUCGCUUGUCACGAUAAUGAUCAGCAGAAUGCCCGGUUGGCUCGACACAUUUGGGAGGACAACGGCUUUGACAUACCUGAUUCGUACUUCACAGACUUACGACCUUUCCUUGUCCAUGAGUUUGCGUGUGUUCGCGCGAGCUGUGCAAAUUCCUUUACGGGAGCUACGGCUCAGUGGCCUCAGCAGGCGUCGAUUAUAAUUCGCUCUCUACAGGACCUCUAUCGCGAAAAGAAAAAGAUCAGUGGCCCGGAGUUCGACGAGUAUGGUAUUCCUAUAACACGUUCGCUAGAAGCGACUGAUCCAUGGCCAGCGCGUCUCGCUGUUGCUCAGUCGUUUGAGGCUUUAGCUCCAUUGUUCCAGGACGAGAUCCUCGAGCCAUUCUUCCAGUUUCUGAUCGAGGAGGAAGUGCUCGGCGACUCGAAGUCGGAAGUACGCUCAGGAAUGUUAAGGGCAGCUUGCAAGGUUAUAGACCUUCGUGGUUCUGAGAGGCUCCAACCGCUCAUCAGUAUGUUCGAGAAGCACUUGGCUUCUCCCACGUCGCCAACGGGAACUGCCGAUUAUGUGAAGGAAGCUACCGUUAUCCUAUUGGGUCGAACUGCUCGUCAUCUAAAUGCAGACGAUGCGAGAGUCCCAGUAGUCAUUUCCAGGCUUAUCGACGCCCUAAAGACACCCUCAGAGCAAGUCCAAACCGCCGUAUCCGAGUGCUUGGCUCCACUUGUCACACAUAACAAGACCAACGUGCCGAAAUUAGUCGAGGGCCUCUUGCAGGAGCUUUUCAAUGCACCAAAAUAUGGAGAACGAAAGGGCGCAGCCUAUGGACUUGCUGGUGUUAUUAAAGGCGUUGGUAUUUCAGGGAUAAGCCAGCUCGAUAUUGUCGAAUGCCUACGUGCUGCACUGGACGAGAAGAAGCGAUAUGAACCGCGACAAGGUGCUAUGUUCGCUCUGGAAACUCUGUCUGCGACUCUUGGAAGGAGCUUUGAACCAUAUAUAAUUGAGCUUCUCCCUUCUCUUCUCGCUUCCUUCGGAGAUGCGGUGCCAGACGUUCGAGAAGCAACAGAGGAUGCCGCUAAGGUCGUCAUGGCCAACCUGUCAGGCUAUGGCGUCAAAUGCAUCCUUCCUUCUCUCUUAUCUAGCUUGGACGAGAAACAAUGGAGAACGAAGAAGGGAUCCAUCGAACUUCUCGGGACUAUGGCCUUCUGCGCUCCUCGGCAAUUGUCGAUUUCGCUACCAACAGUGAUUCCUCGACUUACGGGGGUCUUAACAGACUCGCAUGCCCAAGUUCGGACGGCAGCGAAUAAGAGUCUGAAACAGUUUGGUGAAGUUAUCAGCAAUCCGGAGAUACAGUCGUUGGUCCCUGUCCUGCUGAAAGCACUGGUCGAUCCGGCCAAGACUCCUGGAGCAAUGACUUCUCUGUUGAAGAAGUCAUUCGUGCACUACAUCGACUCUCCUUCGCUAGCUCUGGUGAUGCCCGUCAUUGAAAGGGGUCUCAAAGAACGUGGCGCUGACACGAAACGGAAAGCAACACAGAUUGUUGGCAAUCUUGCUUCAUUAACCGACUCACAAGAUUUCACCCCUUAUCUUACAAGGCUCCUUCCCCUUGUUCAUGUGGUACUCGUUGACCCUGUUCCAGAAGCGCGUGCGACCGCUGCAAAAGCCCUCGGAACUCUUAUCGAGCGGCUCGGCGAAGAACAGUUUCCGGACAUGGUUCCUAACUUGCUACGCACACUCAAAACGGACGCGUCUGGCGUUGAUAGGCAGGGGGCGGCACAAGGUCUGAGUGAGGUUUUGGCAGGGCUCGGUAUGGAGCGGAUGGAGGCGCUGCUCCCAGAUAUCGUAUCCAACGCGCAGUCCCCGAGGAGUACUGUUCGGGAAGGUUUCAUGUCUCUACUUGUCUAUUUACCAGCUACUUUUGGUGCAAGGUUCCAGCCACAUCUAACAAAGAUUGUCGGUCCGAUUCUAUCAGGCCUUUCAGAUACGGAAGAAUACGUGCGAGAAGCAGCAAUGCGGGCAGGUCGUAUGAUCAUCACAAAUUAUUCUAAUAGAGCUAUCGAUCUCCUACUACCUGAGCUUGAACGAGGAAUGUUCGACUCGAGCUGGCGUAUUAGGCACUCUUCGAUUACUUUAGUCGGUGAACUGCUGUUCAAAGUUGCUGGUAUUAGUGGCAAGGCAGAAAUUGAAGAAGAAGUAGAAGUCGAAAUGAAUGCAGCGGAUACAUCUCGCAAGGCACUUGGAGACGUGCUUGGUAAAGAAAGGCGGGAUCGCGUUCUUACAGCUUUGUAUAUUGUUCGUCAGGAUGCCGUCAGCACGGUCAGACAGUCUGCUAUUCACAUUUGGAAGGUAUUGGUACACAAUACGCCUAGAACAGUCCGAGAGUUGCUACCGGAGCUUGUCAAACAGCUCAUAAACCUUCUCGUUGAUAAUGAGAGCGGCGAAUCUCAAGAGACGGCAUCUCGUACCAUUGGCGAAGUUUGUAGGAAAUCUGGAGAAAGGAUGCUGGGUGAAAUCCUUUCGAUCCUUCGGGCUAAAUCUACUUCUUCGGACAGUCGCACUAGAGAAGGAGCCUGUCUUGCUUUGUGCGAUAUUAUGGCAAAUGCAACGGAUACUCAGAGGGGUGGUCAUGAAGACGAUAUCGUCGCCAUCGUCCGCGCUCGUCUCGUGGAUGACGAAGCAAACGUCCGCAGUGCCGCUGCCCAGGCCUUUGAUAGUCUACAAGAACACCUUGGCACAAAAGCUAUUGACCAGACGAUUCCGACACUUCUUCAAGCUCUGCGCCAGCCUGGACACAGCUCUGGGACUGCACUUCAAGCUCUUAAGGAGGUCAUGAAUGUCCGAGCCAAUACCGUCUUCCCUAUCCUCAUUCCUACCUUAAUUGCAUCUCCCAUGACCGCAUUCAAUGCGCGAGCUUUGGCGUCUUUAGUCACGGUAGCUGGUAGUGCGCUUAGUAGACGAUUGACUCAAGUGCUAGGCGCAUUGGUGAGCUGUUUUGAGGACGACAACGACGACGAGUUACAGGAGGCUGUCGAUGAAGCCAUCAAGGCCCUGCUAAGCUCUGUAGCUGAUGCAGAGGGUCUAAAUAUUUUAAUGCUACUCCUGUUAGAUUGGGUUCAGAAUGGCGGGCCAGUUCGACGGGCUAGCUCUUGCAAGUUAUUUGCCAUCUUCUGCGAAGAAAGCGGGUUGGAUGACUCGCUUUAUCGGGUUGACUGGAUUCGACAGCUUGUCAAGCUGUUAGACGAUCACGAGGUGAUAGUUCACACCGAGGCCUGGCGAGCUCUUGAUACUUUCGUUAAAUCAGUACCGAAGGAUGAAUUGGAGCCUCUGGUCGUCACUUUGCGUCGAUCCAUCGAGUCAACUGGAGCACCUGGUCGAUCCGUGCCCGGAUUCAGUCUUGACAAAGGCGUGUCACCCAUGGUACCUAUAAUCAUUGCAGGUUUAACGACGGGCAGCAACGAACAGCGCGAGAAUGCUGCCUAUGCUAUUGGGGAUCUGGUUCUCCGAACUGAGGAAAAUGCAAUUAAGCCGUUUGUUGUACCAUUCACUGGGCCUCUUAUCCGUGUUGCUGCACAAUCUACAAGCUAUCCCCCAGGCGUGAAAUCUGCAAUCAUAAGUGCGCUCACAACGAUGCUUGCUCGCAUCCCCAGUUUCGUGAGGCCUUUCUUCCCCCAAUUGCAGCGUACGUUCGUCAAGGCCGCAGCCGAUCCAAGUAGCCUCGCUGUUCGGAACAGAGCUGCAACUGCCCUCGGUGAAUUAAUGAAGUCUCAACCAAGGGUAGACCCCGUGGUUACCGAACUCAUUACGGGAGCAAAGACUUCCGAGGAAGCUAUCGCAGCCAGUCAAAUCAAGGCACUGAGUCGUGUAAUUAGGAGCGCAGGUCAGAAUGUAGGGGAGAAAGCAAGAGACGCCUGCAUCGAAAUAGUUGAGGAGACGUACAAAGAAUCGCAUGACGAACAAUACGUGAAGGCAGUGGCAUCACUUUUCACCGCUCUUGGUCUCUUCGCUGAACUUCUUCGUCCUAUAGUCAAGGAGCACCUUCUUGCAGGUACCCCUCCUUCGGCACUCUCGUCGCAUUCAAUCCUAGCCGUUCUGUCAAAGGACGAGGAAGAUAGCUCUGCCGAUGAUGAUGGUACUCCUAACCUCUUCGAGCGGCUUGAUGUCUCCUCAAGUGUAGCCCGGAAAGUUCAAGAGAGUAUCGCUGCGGAUCGUCCAGUAAUUUCAAGACCAGCACGUGAAGCAAAGGAGCUCCUCGGGAGCGCUUAAUUGUUGUAAUAGACGGUUUUCCUAAUGAAUCGCGGAUGCACACGUCCAAAUGAUAUAAUCUGUACUGUAAGCAAAAUAUCAUACUUACGCUUUCAUCUGAACAUCCGUCUCUGCAAAUAAAAAAUUAAGUGUUCCGUUGGGAGAAAAGUCAAUGGGAGCCUGUUACAGGCUGGCGCUCUGGCUGUCGUCGAAUGCCGAGUAACCCCUUACUUCCACGUUGCAGCCCUCAUCCUAGCUUGAUAAUGCUGGCAUUGGUAGUCCUAGCCUUUCCGCAGCAUGCCGCUUGAAGGUCCCCCUACCACGGCUGCGCGACAUUUAUGGGUCUAACAGGAUAACCUCAUGGCCCCUAACCGUACUGAGAGAAAGCCGCCCUCCAUCUUACCUACUUGUUCUACGCAGCUCUAUGUUACGGAACGAAAUAUACACGCGAUCAUUAGUAGCCUUGUACUGGUCUACCUGCCAUACCUUCGGUAAUUGAGUACCUCCUUUCAGCUAACUGUUUUCAAUGCACCUGGACGUGCAGCGAUACUGUCCUGGGACGCUCAAUGUGCCCUUAUCUCGUGCGGUCCUUAUAAAAUGUCUUCGAGGUAACGAAGGCUCACCAAUCCCCCGCUUCAAGAUUGGUAUCUUUUACCGCUUAGAAUGUUCCCAUUUAUUACUCUAGCAGACGAUGUACAUUCUUCCAGCGUCUCGGAUUCUGUACGAGGCGUCACGCCGUGUUCAGACUCUGACUCUCUGUCGGAAGCUACAGUGACGAGUCUUUCCGACAGUGACGCAAGUGAUGGCCCUCCAGCACGGCUACCGAACACAACUGGUGUCGGCCUGUCAGCCGAAUAUAUCGCUCGGCGACAACCACCGUUGAUGCAACUCGUAGAUCGCCUACGCUCACUUGGUGUGCAAUACGAACUGGAUCUCCCGCAAAUUGUGGCAGUCGGUCCACAGAAUGUCGGAAAAUCCUCAUUGAUUGAAGCUAUCUCCGGAAUCAAACUUCCGAGGGCAAGUGGUACUUGUACAAGGUGUCCAAUUGAGCUGAGAAUGAACCACUGCACCGGUAUCUGGCGGUGCAACGUGUCGUUGCACUUCAUAUAUGAUGAGAACGGUUCACUUCUUGGUGCUGCUCAAACUAUUCCCUUUGGCGAACCAAUCUUCAAGUCAGCUGAUGUUGAAGACCGUGUAAGACGAGCUCAGCGUGCUGUUCUCAGCCCGUCAGUCAACCCGAGGGACUUCUUGCAAGGAAACGUGUCAGGUCCCACAGACUUGACUUUCUCAAAAAACUAUAUUUCGAUUCAAAUACAGAGUCCUAAUACAGCAGACUUGUCAUUUGUUGAUCUCCCAGGAAUGAUUUCAAGUGCCCGACAAGGAAAGGAGGCAGAUAUACCUCUUAUUGAAGACCUGGUCAGGUCCUACGUCGAGAAGCCGAGUACGCUCAUCCUGCUUGUUGUGGCUUGUGAAGCCGAUUUCGUGACUCAAGCGGCUUAUCAGUUCGUGAAGAAAUAUGAUCGCCAUGGUUCAAGGACAAUCGGUGUGCUCACCAAGCCUGAUCGAAUCGCGGAAGGUGACGAAGAGCCUUGGGUCCGGUUUAUUAAGGACGAAGAAGAACAGCUCGAGUUGGGAUGGUUCUGCGUUAAACAGCCAGAUGCAAUUCAGCUCAAAACCGGACUUACAUGGGAGGAAGCUCAUGCAGCAGAGACAAAAUGGUUCCAGACAACGAAUCCCUGGAAUCUGCUCCCAGCUAAGUAUCAGAAGAGCCUGGGUAGAAUGAACCUUGUUGAGAGGCUUAGUGAGACCCUAUCAAGUCUGAUUGCUCGGAGGCUUCCGGAUUUGCGAGAGAAAGUGGAAGAACUCUUAGAACAAACGGACGAGGAUUUUAAAUACUUACCAGUCCCACCAUCUGAAGACGCGUUAGCCGAAAUGAUGCGUCUCAUCAACGCAUUUUGUGCCGACGUUUCCCGACACUCAGAAGGGGUCCCUGCACCCGACGGACUGAUACAGGGGAUAAACGCAAAGCAGGCUUAUUUCAGGCGAUCAAUACUGUCCCUCGCGCCUGAGUUUCGGCCUUAUAAGUACAGUGAAUCGGCGGCAGAUAUGCCUCAAGUGCCGCCAUGUGAGUUUCUCGAUGGUGAAGAAGAGGACUGUAUGGUCUCAGGAUCGGGACUUGUCAUGUAUAUUGAUGAAGUCAUGGAUCUACUGAAGCGUUCUCGGACACGCGAACUUCCCGAUUAUUAUCCUUACGAAGUCCCGAAGAUGAUCAUUGCGCGAACAUCCACAAAUUGGUGUGCAUUGAUAAUGUCGUAUUUUGAAGAUGUUUUGGGAUUAGUUUCGGAACAUUACAAGCACCUCGUAGAGGAGCACUUCAAGAACUUCGAAAUAGGUGGUCUCCUGAAUAUAAUGCACAUGGAGAUUCGCACCCAAAUCCAGAAAUACCACGAAGAAACUAAAGAACGCUUGAAAUGGCUUUUGCGGCUCGAAGCGCGUCCGUUCACACUUAACACUCGUUAUUUGAAGGAAUUCAAGAGCAAAUUCCUUGCGUACUACAAGAUGUAUAGGUACAACGUCAUCAACAACGCACCGGUUACAUACAUCCAGACGUUUAACUCAGGAAGAAGCGCGAACUACGUCAGCGAGGUGCUCUCGUCUCUGAACAGGAUGAAUAUCAAGGACGUUAAGGCAUCGGACCUCGCAAAACUUUUACCGGAGGACGACUUCGCACCUGCGCUUGAUCUGAUGGCCGAGGUUAGCGCAUAUUUCCAGGUGUCAUGCAAGAGAAUCAUCGACCUCGUCCCUCUCGUUGUCGAUGUCGACUUUGUUCGGGCACUUAGCGAUAACUUGCAGACUGCGUUAUACACAACCAUCAUUAAGGACGAUGCGCGCGGGAGGUGCAAAAAUCUGCUGCAAGAGUCGCCUGCUGUGGCUUCCCGUCGUGCUAGUUUGCAGAGGAAGUAUGAGAGAUUGCAGGCAGCAAGGGGUGAGUUGUUGGAUAUGCGUUGGAUGAACGUGUGACGACUUGGUGAAAUAGUG